AUGACAUCGCAUCGAUUAUAUUUCUGUUUUUUAAUCCUAAGCGCAAAAUCCAUUCUAUGGGGUCUACACGCGAAAUACGAAUUGGAAGAAAUAUUUGUCGCGCCAGGACCAGACAAUCAACCUACGAUGAUCUUCACAGAACCAUUCUUAGGUCGAUUUGAUGGAAGCAAUCCCAAUGAACCAAUAUACGUGUCUAUUAGAGGUGUGGUCUUUGAUGUAACCUCAGAAUUAGAUAAUUAUAGCAUUAACGCGACUCUUCAUUAUUUAGCUGGGAAAGACGUCUCAAGGGCUAUUGCCAAAAAUUCUACUGAGUCUUCUGACAUGAAUGAUAAUUUGGAAGGUCUAACUGACGAAGAACUCGAAAAUUUAGACAAUAUGUAUAAACAUUACAAAAGAACUUUUAGAAUCAUUGGAUACAUGAGCCAAGUAGCCCUGAAUGAAAAGAUAAAAAAUGAUAUGGAUAUAGAUGACAUGAAAAAAGCUACCAUACGUGUACGCAAUUCUACCGAUGAGGACAAUAAAAAAAAGAAGAAAAACAAGAAGAAGAAAAACAAGAAAAAGAAAAAGAGCAAGGAUAAAAAAGAUAAAGAUCCCAAGGAUUCCACCAAAAAAGAAGGAACUGCCUCUAACAAUAAUGAGUGUCCUCAUAAAUCGGCAAAAGAAGGAAAUAUUCAAAAAGAAGCGAAUCUCCAUGACAAGAUUCCGGGGUCUGACGAGGUUAAAAUAGAUUCAACAACCGUGAAACUCGAAAGUUCAACUGUACAACCAAAAAAUACAUUUGAAACUUCGCAUGAAUCAACCACGAUAAGAGAUUCAAAACCAACUAUAGCAAGAUCAACCAAAUUACCCAAACUUACAGCUAAUGAUUACAUAUCAAAGCAGAAUUCCAAGAAUGUGGACGAUGUUAGGACAAACAAAAUAGAUUCGACCAAAGAUUAUUAUGUGCCUUACUCGGAAAAGCCUGAAAAUGAUGAAUAUUUUGACGAAUACCAACAAAAGUGGAAAGAGAACAAGAUCGAGCUGUAAAUAAAU